AUGUCUGGCAAUCAUGCCCGAUCUUCUAUCACAACCAGAUACGGCGACGACGACAACCCCUUCAUAAUGCUCUACAUCUACAAGUAUUACUUAGCUCAAUCACGAGCGAUGAUAACACCACUCGCGCUGAUAACACCACUCGCGCUGAUAACACCACUCGCGCUGAUAUUUCAAUUGAAAGCAUUCAAGAACUCACUGCUUGUUGUAAGGAUACUAUACGCCCACAGUGUUGCCCUCCUGGAUACCAGAAAAGAUCCUUUCCUUCCGAAAUGGCUGAAAGACUCAUUCGAGCCUACAACCUCCCCCCCCACCACGUCUACUAUUAUUGGAGAGACGCAGACCGCGACAACCAUACCUGUCCGCUGA